UACUAUUUUACCACUGUACUUUUUUCUUUUUCUAGUAUGGAACUCAAGGAAGUAGUAAAACGUCUGAAUAAUUAUGCUCCAACUUCCCUGGCAGAAUCUUGGGAUAAUGUUGGUCUUCUUGUUGAACCACAUACUAAGAGGGCAGUUGGAGUUCUUAUGUUAACAAAUGACCUGACUGAGGAAGUAAUGGACGAAGCAGAGCAACGCAAUGUAAAUUGCAUAUUGUCUUACCACCCACCUGUUUUUAGGCCCUUGAAGAGAGUAACAAGCAAAGCAUGGAAAGAGCGAAUUGUGGCAAGAUGUUUAGAGAAAGGGAUUGCAAUUUAUUCUCCACACACUUCUUAUGAUGCUCUCAAGGGGGGAGUAAACGACUGGCUCAUCCAAGCCUUUGAGGCAACAUCAGUAGUUCCAUUGCAGCAAAGCUCACAACCUUCACAGCACAGCCAUCAGGUCACCAUUGAAAACACUAAAGAUGGUAAUGGAGCAGAGUUGUUAGAGUAUUUUCGUCAGCGGUUAGACAAAUCUUGUUCAUUUUACUUGUAAGUAGUACUCCUAUUAUUAUUGAUGU